CGGCGGGACUCGGGAGUUGCAGGCGCUUCUCGGCGGUGGCGUCCCCCGCCGGCUGGGCGCGACGAGCGGAGCGCGGCAGGUAAUCUGACAUUUUAAAGAUUUUGCUCCACCCUGAGGAGGAAACAUUUUAAAGGAGUGUGGGAUGUAGAAGAAGAAAUCUUCACGGGGCUCUCCAAGGAUGGCAUGCCGACCCGUGCCUCACUGAGACCAUGAGCCCUUCCGAUCUCCUGAGUGUCUCUAUGUCCUCCAGCGAGAAAUCUUACACUUCAUUUUGUGCCAUGGGAAAAACCUGAAGGACAGGCAGACUUGCUCCCACACUUGGGGACUUUUCCAAGCUUGCAGGGCUGCUUACAGAACAUGACAGUAGGAGAGCACGUCUUUCUGUUGUCUUUCAGAGUUGAACCAAAGAAGGCCCUUACCCUUUCUCCAGGGCGUUGGUGCCUGCUCAUUUUUAUAUUCUAUUUGUGUCUGUUGCUUGUGCCUUAAGACCAUCUUAUCUAAUCAAAAGACAUCCUUAAAGUUUUUCCAGCACUACUUGCACGCAUCCGGGCUCCCCAGGGGCUCGCCCAUGGCUCUGGGGGCCAGCCGUCCAAGGGCAUUACCAUGAGGCACUGUAUUAAUUGCUGCAUCCAGUUGUUGCCCAACAACGAGCACAAACAGCAGGUUGGCUGCGGAGGGGGCCCCCUUCACGGUCACCCGGAGUGCCCCGCCUGCAAAGGAGAGAACAAAAUUGUGCUCCGUGUAGACGGUAAGCAGAUGAACUUGCUUGCUGUCCUCGAGGUGAGGGCCGAGGGGAAUGAGAGCUGGGGCAGGUUUCUGCGCUUCAAGAAGGGGAAGCGAUGCAGCCUCGUGUUUGGAUUGAUGAUCAUGACCUUGGUGAUGGCAUCUUACAUCCUUUCUGGAGCCCACCAAGAGCUUCUGAUCUCCUCGCCUUUCCAUUACGGAGCCUUCCCCAGCAAUCCCAGCUUGAUGGAUGGCGAGAACCCGAGUGACACGAAAGAACAUCACCACCAGCCCUCUGUAAAUAAUAUUUCAUAUGUGAAAGACUACCCAAGCAUUAAAUUAAUUAUUAACAGCAUCACCGCCAGGAUCGAGUUCACGACCAGGCAGCUCCCAGACAGAGAAGAUCUCAAGAAGCAGGAAUUGCACAUGUUUUCAGUAAUCCCCAAUAAAUUUCUUCCAAAUAGCAAGAGCCCCUGUUGGUACGAGGAGUUCACGGGCCGCAACACCACCGACCCGUACCUGACCAACUCCUACGUGCUCUACUCCAAGCGCUUCCGCUCCACCUUCGACGCCCUGCGCAAGGCCUUCUGGGGCCACCUGUCGCACGCCAGCGGGAAGCACUUCCGCCUCCGCUGCCUGCCGCGUUUCUACAUCAUCGGGCAGCCCAAGUGCGGCACCACUGACCUCUACGACCGCCUCCGGCUGCACCCGGAAGUCAAGUUCUCCGCCAUCAAGGAGCCGCACUGGUGGACCCGGAAGCGCUUUGGGAUUGUCCGCCUGAGAGAUGGGCUUCGGGACCGCUACCCCGUGGAAGAUUACCUGGACCUCUUUGACCUGGCCGCACACCAGAUUCAUCAAGGCCUGCAGGCCGGCUCUGCGAAGGAGGAGAGCAGGAUGACUAGGAUCCUUAUCGGGGAGGCCAGCGCUUCCACCAUGUGGGACAACAACGCCUGGACCUUCUUCUACGACAACAGCACGGAUGGGGAGCCACCCUUCCUGACCCAGGACUUCAUCCACGCCUUUCAGCCCGACGCCAAGCUGAUCGUCAUGCUCAGGGACCCUGUAGAGAGGUUGUACUCUGACUAUCUCUACUUCGCAAGUUCGAAUAAAUCUGCUGAUGACUUCCAUGAAAAAGUGACAGAAGCUCUGCAGCUGUUUGAAAAUUGCAUGCUCGAUUAUUCCUUGCGUGCCUGCGUCUACAACAACACGCUCAACAAUGCCAUGCCUGUGAGGCUCCAGGUCGGUCUGUAUGCCGUGUACCUCCUGGACUGGCUCGCCGUCUUUAACAAAGAACAGUUUCUCAUCCUCCGCCUGGAAGACCACGCGUCCAACGUCAAGUACACCAUGCACAGGGUCUUCCAGUUCCUCAACCUCGGGCCCUUGGGGGAGAAACAGGAGACCCUGAUGACAAAGAGCCCCGCGUCCAAUGCGCGGCGUCCCGAGGACCGGAACCUGGGGCCCAUGUGGCCGGUCACCCAGAGGAUCCUGCAGGACUUCUACGGGCCCUUCAAUACCAGGCUGGCCCAGGUGCUCGCCGACGAGGCGUUCGCCUGGAGGAAGACCUGAGGCCGAGCUCCCUCGGCGGGUUCCACUGCGCCACCAUGGGAGCGUGUCUUUGGGGGCAGGCAGGGGGGCCCUUUCAUUCACAGCCUGGAGAAAACCCUGGGAUUCCUCUUGCCCUCCCUAGGCACGUGUGUAGUAUAAGCAUUUGUUGUGUGGGAUAACCUGGCGACUGACCCUCACGGAGCUCCUCCGUCCGAAGCCACUGGAAACCCCGCUUGGGAAACCGUUCCCUCCCGCACCAGAGCGGCCAGGCUGUGGGGAUGAGGCAGGCGGUGCCGGGCGAGGGGCCACGGGGGAGGCACGGUGGGGGACUGACUAUGCUGGGAGCCCCAUUGAGCACGCCAAAUGUCAUAUCAUCAGGCCGGAGGUCACGUCACCAGGCCGGAGGCUGUGUCGCCAUGCCAAAGGUCACAUCACCAUGCUGGAGGUCACGCCACCACGUCAAAGGUCAUGUCACCACGGUAGAGGUCACACUGCCACAGUAGAGGUCAUGCCACCACAGUAGAGGUCACACCACGACAGUAGAGGUCAUGUCCCCAUGCUAGAGGUCACAUCAGAGCAGUGCCAACAUUUACACUUGGUUCAGUUGUGGACACUGUUCGGGUCAGUACCUUCAUUCGGGCAGAGAAUGGAGGCUCUUUCCUUUUAUUCCCAUUUACUCCAACGUCCACCUUUAUUCUCUUCCGUUGUAAACCCUGUUCACUUCACUUUUGUGAGAGAGAAAACAGUUGAUUUUUGGUAGCAUAUUUGCUUCUCGGACCAUCUCCUUCUGUCCUUGCGUUACUGAGGUUAAACUAGAAAAUGAAUGUUUGAAACCACUUUCUGCAUUUUGUUAGCCAUAGCUCUCUUUUCUGCCUCUUUACGUGUUUCCUCUAGGGUUUAUUCCGUUUAUAAUCAGAUCACAAAUUUAGUUUAUAGUUGGGAAGUUUUCGCUGUUAAUGCCAGACUGAGCGACUUCCAGGAAUUGAACCCUUUGUGGGAAGUCUGGGUAUCUUGGGCCUUCCGCACGCACUCAAGGCUGCUGCCAGGCCUGGAGGGUGUUUCAAGUUUUAGUUCUGGCCACAGACACACUCUGUUGCUCUGUCUUCC